AUGGCGUCCUCCUUUCCUGCCGAAUCAGUUCAGACCCUUAGUGGAACUAUCACAGCCUGGCUCCCUAUUAGCACACCAUGGGUUUCAAUUGCUGCCUGUUCGUCGCAAAUAUACGCACAGCGUGCUGGCUUAGGAGGGAAUCUAAUCGCAUUUGAUCCACUCUAUGGCGAAUCCAUUGUACCAACUGCGAUACCGUGUCUCCCCUCCGAGGUGACAUCUUCAUGGUACCAAUCUAAUACAGAAACUACUACAGUCCUUGGUCCAACCUUUGUUUGCCCUGCUGCUUACAGCGCUGUGCAAACAAUUCUUGUGAAUUCCUUAACACAACAGGUACUAUGCUGUCCCUCAAGCUAUAAACUCAACGUACCGCUUACGGGCAAGGCGAAAUUCCCAUCACAAUGUACCUCCCUCCUGAUACCUGGUCAGACAUUGACCUACCAGUCCACAACGCCAGCGGGUCCUUGGGGAAUAGCUACUACCACUGUUGUAGAAUCAACGGCCGUCUCCACUGGCCCAACUAUUGUAUAUGGGAUGCAUGUGAACGGAUUCAACGUCUUGUCGGUUCCGACAUUGAUGCCUUCGACUUCCAAUUCUCCGACUAGCGAGAGCUUGUUAACAAGCUCUGCCCCAAUGUCAACAAGCCUUCCAGCAAAUACUUCGAAUGAGAAGAGUUCGUUAUCAAAAGGCGCUGCAGCAGGGGUUGGAAUAGGAGUCGUAGCCGCUGUCGCAGCGGCGAUAAUGGUUGCGUGGCUGCUGGUACGCAGGAGGAAGAAAAGGAAAGAGGCUCAGCUUUCCCCUCCGAUGGACGCUGAUAGGAGUCAGCCGGCUUUUGAAGCGGAUGGGAAGAUGAAUGGACAGCAGUCGGUACACGAGAUGCCUGCGACGACGAAUAUGGUUCCGGGGUUGCAUGAGAUGAAUGCCACUUGA